AUGAUUGAAGACCACGAUGCGCCCUCUACAAGUAGAGGCCGAAAGCGCGGACGUAAAUCGAAAGUUGAACCCGAAGCGACUAUGAUUGAGACUUUUGAUGAAGAGGGUCUAAUAGAAGAAAGCGAGGAAUCGACAUCUGGCUUUAAACUCGAGGUUACAUCACAGGAACCAUCAUCAACUUUCAAGGAGGGCAUUUAUAAUCAAGGCAAUUUUUAUGGGUGGACGAAAGAUUGGAAUCCCGAAUGGAUGUAUCGUCUACCCGGGGAUGUCGUUUUGACAGCAAUUCGAAAUGGCGGCUCUGAAGGAAGAGGUCGAGCAGAAAUUGGAAAAUGUCUCGGUAUUGAUACUGCUACAAAACCUGGAAAUCGUCGAGUCAGCGGUCAUAUAGUUGCUGUCCAAAAAGAACACGAAAAGCAUGUGGGCCAAUUUCAAAAGAUGGAAGGAAAAGUUCGAAUGAUCAAGUAUUUCUGGAAAAAGUCGGCCGAGCCCGAAACAUUCCAGAAGCUCUUUGAUGAUUUCAGAAAACUUGCCAAACGAGAAUGUCCUUUCAAGAUGGGACAAACUAUUAAAUUUCCCGAUACUGGAUUGAGUACUCUUCGAAUUUCGGACGUUAGUCUUCGCCGGUUAAAUGACAUACUAGAGCUUCUAAGUGUCGAAGAAAUUCUGACUCCUAUCCAUAAAAUUCUGAAGCAUAUUCACAACAAAGAAAUGGCACAGGGAUACCAAUUUCAGAUUGACAAGAAAAGCAUGAUGAAGUGUCUUCUGGCUCUCAAGAAAGAAAAUUUAUUGAACAUUUUCGAAACACUUGUGACUAGCGAAAAUGUAGAAAACAAAAUUCAAAUUGUCACUCGGCCAUAUAUUUCCUCCGCGGAUAGUCCCGAAGUGGCGGCAGAAAUUCAACGUACGAUCGAUCUGUACCACGCUGAAGGGCGAGUUUUUCCACAUGGCCAGCUUCGAUACUCAACCAAAAAACGGACCGAGGCUGAGAAGCCGAAACAACCCGGCAAGAACGAGAUCAAUUCACAAUUGAAGCAAGCACAAGAACUAUUAGAAAAUGGAUUUUCGUCCGGAAUUUCACUUGAGCAACGUUAUGCCUUAUUUCGCUUGCAGAAUUCAAAAUCAAUUGUGGCUAGACCAAAAAGUAGUGACCAGAUGGGAAGCUCGGGUUUGAACGAAACAACUACGAACGAAGACUCAAGAAUUGAUGGAAUUGACAAUACAUUAGAUUUGAUUGCCAAUAGUAUUAUGGAGGAAACGAGUUUGGAAAAAGAAAAUGAGCCUACAGAAAACAAGGAAGAUGAGCAAAUCGACGAAAAAGCAGCGCACAUUUUGUUAAACUGUAAUGGUGUACUUUCCGAUGGCGUGGACGACCCAUCUGUGCCAAUGAGAGCUAUCCCCAAAACAUUAGAACAUCUUGUACGCAAGAAAGAUCUGUAUGAUCCACACAUUGAAUAUGGAUUUCAAAGCAAGUACAUUCGACUCUGCGCUUUACAUGACACCGUUUGGCAUUUUGUUUAUGGAAAUCCCAGAGGGAAACCUUCUGUCUUCGAAAGAUAUCCACCUGGUCGAGAUCCUGUUUCGUUGCCAGAAGUGUCAUUGGAUCAACUGCCAGUUUACCAAGAGACUGAAACCCCGUAUCGAUUCAUGCCAUCAUGCGAUUACGAAGAUUUGCCAGCUGGAUGGUUUAUGCUUCAGGAUUUUUAUUGUGCUCUACCGUUCUCCGUAUUUUGCCUAUUGUCUCAAAUACCGAAAAGUGCUCCGAAAGAAGAUGUUUUGCAACUUUUGACUGAUCCAAUUGCUCGCCAUACUCCUUUAGCUGACUUGCCAAUCUCUAUUAGAAAGCCACUUUUUCAAAGACAAAAAGAAACUUACGGU